CAUUGCAUUAGUGUCAGACGCAACACGUCGUGUAUUUCUCCAUUCUGAGAAACUGCCCUUCAUUUUGUUAUAUUUGUGUAUUUUGUCUGCGAUUUUAUGUGAUUAAUCAUAAAAAAUGGCGAAAUUGGUAGAUAUAUACAACAGCGAAAAAGAACCCGUUAUCAAAAGGCGACAAUUACCUUUAACUAUCUACGAAAAUCUUACCAUGAUAAUGGAUUUAAACACAAUGGGUCUAAUUUGUGAUAAUUCGCAAGUAAAAGGUCGCGAGUAUGAAGAGUUCAUGCGGAAGUACCGUAUCCUUACGACUGAUGAGCUGAAGUCGGCGCUCAGAGUAGACGCUUCAGAUAUAUUUAAUGUACUAAAUCAAAGCAUUCCUUGUGUUGGCUGUAGAAGAAGUGUGGAACGUCUGUUCUAUCAGUUGUGUAAGUCAGGACAUCCUACACUGGACCCGCUAGUUCUAACCCCAGAUGAAAUAAUGACUAUUAGAGAAGAGAAAAUAGUGCAUCCACAGUCUUUAGCCACCUUACUAAAUGGUCACAGCUCUGGUAUAGAAUGCCUCAUACUAAACCAGCCUCGGUGGAAGAAGUCUCAGCGGUGUACCCUGCACUCCCUGGAAGCGGGCACAGCCCGGGGCUGGGGCGGGACGGGGGCGGGCGCGGCGUGCGGAUGGGGCUGGGCGGCGUGGGGCUGGGGGGGGCGCGCCGCCUGGCGCACCGCCUGGGACGCCAUGCGAGCCUCCGCCAGGGACCACGUCACGCUCGUACAUUUCAAUACUCUCCAUGAUACGCUCACCAACUACCUUAGGAAACACAGAUUUUGCACUGACUGCAAAACCAAGGUGUUACGAGCAUAUCACUUGUUAGUUGAUGAAAAGGAGCCACAGAAAGAGAAAGGCUAUGUGGGCGCUCUAUAUAGUGGUAUCAAACGUUGUCUGUUAGAUAAACAUUUACAUCUGCAAGCAAAGACGGACUACAUCGCGCAUCUUAUAGCUAGAGCUGAGCCGGAAUUACUUGGGAACCAUCGAGAAAGGCACGCAAAGACACUUGAAAUUGCACAGGAAGAGGUAUUAAUAUGCCUUGGUAUAUGCAUUUACGAGCGUCUCCAAAGAAUUUCCUUGCGGCUGCGUGAGGAGGAGGGCACUUGCCAGACCCUCGCGGCGGUCGCCGUGGAGGCACUCUACCGCAAGUUUGAAACUGCCGUGGAACACAAGAGUGGAGUGUCCAAGCUGCAGCUUCUUUAUGAUGAAAUCACACAGGAAGAACUGACCAGACAACAAAGGAAAGAACAAAAAAAGUUGAAACGCCGCAAGAAGAAGGAAAGGCAGGCUGUGGAGAGCAAAUGCAAGGAAGCAGACUCCGAAGAGCCAGAGGAGAAAUGUCAGUGCGAUGAAUGUCUGUUAGAAGAAAGGGACACUCCCACGGAGCUGCUGUCGCCGCGAGAUUACAACCAGUGUUACGAAGCCAGCGGGGAUGGCUGCCAGUCCUGUCAGGAAGACUCCAGCAAAAGCCGCUCGCCCAAAAAGAAUGGCAAGAAACGUGGCAAAAACGGAAACCUUUCGCCGAGCGAAACCUCUCAAGACUGUGGAUACUCAUCGGGGAACAACGGGGGCUGCUGUGAAACAAUGUCCGGAUCGUCUUCCCUGAUGAGCACUCCAGAGGGCUCAGAGGUGGCAUGUUCCGAGGGGUACUGCAACCAUGAGAGAGGAGACUGCGUAGAUUUGGCCAAAAAUGACAAGACACCGUGUGCCGGGUUCACACUGUCAUUACAGCAAAUGUUGAUGGAUACAUGUACGUCAGAUGAAGAAGAAGACACCAGUUAUAUUCCUAUAGAAGAUGUACUUGAGUUCAAGUCACGUAGGAAUAUAACGGAGAAAAGACAAGAGUUGAGGCAGAACCUCAGGCAGAAGUUCGCGCAGCUCUGCGUCAGCACUCCGCAACUCGCAGCCAAGGAUAAACAAGCCGCUUAACUCCGGACGCCCUGCCCUCACUCCCCACACUAUGUAAUAAUCAGUCAUAUUUUAUCCCAGAACGACACGAAAUAUAACUGCUUUGUGGUCUGUAGAAUGCCUCGUAAUGUGUCAAUAUCCACAAUAUCUGUAAUACUAAGUCUCCCAAUCCUCUGGUAGGUAACAAGGCUGUUAUUUACAGUAGAUAUUGCUAGCUACUCUCAAAAGAAUCAGAUGUUAAGUCUCGUUAUACACACAAUAACAACUUCCCGCAGAAGGAUUUAUGUCAGAAAAUCUUUAUCUCUCUCAUAAUCUCCAGAGGGCUAAUGUUAAAUUUUUAAAAGUUUUGCAGUACUGCAUUGUUGCAAUUAAAUAUGGGGAAAGUAUAUCUUUGAAAAUGUUGUUAUGUGAACUUUUUAUUUUUAGAUUGCAUCCAUUUCAUUUUCAAGUUAUCGCAUGAUUAAUAUUAUUUUUUUAAUAUUUACUUUUAUUAAAAUUAUUUGCUCAGUUCAAAUCAUGUGUAUUCUUAAAAGCAUCGACACAAUCUAAACAUGAUUACCCAAAAUGUGGUGUGUCUAAAAUUCCAUAGUUGUUUGAGAGGAUCUCAACCAUGAGUGAGAAUUACAUAUUCCAAACUGCGAUUAUUACAACUGAUAAAGAUCAGUAGAUAAAUAGUUGCUAGUUACAAAUUUCUGCAAUUAUAUUUCAUACAAUAUGUACAAGCUGACAACAGACUGGUCUGAAAAAUGAACAUGUGAACCCAACCCACUCACUUGUGGUUGUCAACAAAUUGUGAAAAACAAUGGGUGCUUAUAGUCAAUACAGAUAUUUGUAGACGAUAUUAAAGCUUCAGGUUAAUGGUGAAGAUCUGUAUCGUUAAAUCAUGUUUAUAACCUGCAACAUAAUUUUAAGGCAUAAUAAAAUCAAGUGCAAGUUAUAAUUAUUCCAACUUAAUUGAAAAAAAUAUUGGAUGAACACCAGCAUUUAUAUGUACUAUUUAAAUUGUUAGAAAGCUUAGAAAUGAAAUAUGUAAAGUAGCAUUUUGAUCAAAUUAUUUUUUCUUUGCUUUAUGUGACUCAAUAUUAAGUAUUUAAUGAUGAAUUUAUUGCUUGUUCAAUAUAAAAAGCUUCAACAUGCGUGAGGACGGGAGUUAACUUGGCUAGUUCGCCAUUGUUAUUGAAGUCAAAACAUUUGUAACUCAGUUUUAAAAUAUAUUAUCAACAGUGAUUA